AUGAAUGUGACUGGCUCUCUCCCCAUUACGGUCACGCAGUUCUGGGUUGACGCUAAUUCGUCCUCGUUCAGGGACUCCCGGAUAAACAACAUCAAGUUUUCAACUCACUUGGACCUGGAGUUGAGGUACUCCCCAGAAAAUGUCUACGCAGAUCGCUACGUCACGCCGAUCAUGUACGUCAUAGGGUUUCCUGGAAAUGUCAUAUCCUUUAUCGUUUGGCUUCAGCCACGCAUGCGCCAUUCGUCUGGGUACUACUUGGCCGCCCUGGCGCUAGGCAACCUCAUCUUCCUCGUCUUACAUUCUAUGCUGGAGCUGCACAGCGUGUGGAACGUUCCGACGUUAGACAGCCCAGGCCUGUGUGAGAUCUUCCCUGUUCUUUACAUCGCUACUCAGUUCUUAUCGCCCCUCCUUGUGCUCAGCUUCGCUGUGGAGCGAUACAUCUCCAUCUGUCACCCCUUGAAGAGAAAACAGUACUGUACCACCAGUCGUGCCAAAAUUGUAAUAGCAUUUCUUGUCACGCUGUCGGUGUGUAUGAGUCUGAUUUACGGAUACUUUUACCACUUCAACGCUACUGACGCUGAGUGUGCGUUACGAGAGGAAGUGACGCGGGGCGGCCAUAUUAAUGUCUUCGUCAUAUGGAAUGUGUGUACGGAAGUGGUCUUCUUUUUCCCCGUGCUGGUCGGAGCCCUUGUGUUAAACAUCUUCGUCAUCAAACAGAUGCGCAGAUUCUCGAGGAUGGAGAUACAAAAGUACAAAGGAAGCACCAGAGGACUUCCGCCAUGA